UUCUCUCCUUUCCGCUUGCUACAUGCGUCUCAAAUCUGGCGUCGCUGUUGCGAACAUUGAUGUCGCCUCGUGAUAAUUUUUGAUUAGAUUUAUUUAUCGGCAAACUACUACUUCGUCUGGGAAGUUGAUAUGGCUGGGAAGCAAGGAAAAGAUUUGGCUUUGUCCGUGUUAAGAGUAUUACCUAGAUUAUCAUUGUCAAAUAUCCGAGGUAACCCUGGUGCACAACAAAAGACUAAACGUGGUAGAGGUCAACAUGGUGGUAAUAAGCAUGGUGCUGGAAACAAAGGUUCAGGCCAAAGACAAAAUUUUAUGCGUUUGGGUUAUGAGACUGGCAAUACCCCUUUCUAUUUGAGGUUUGGUAAAGAACCAUAUUACAAGGGCCAUCAUUUAAGACGAGAAUAUCCUCCACUUUCUUUAAAAGCUUUGCAGACGUACAUUGACACAAACCGGAUAGACAUUACUAAGCCAAUCGAUCUCAUAUCUCUAAUAAACACUGGUCUGUACAAUAUAAAAGUAGACUGGAAACAUGCAGGCGUUCAUUUGACAGAUGAAGGUGUACAUGAUUUCAAAGCUAAAGUAAACAUAGAAGUACAAUGGGCUAGCGAGCCUGUAAUUGCAGCCAUCGAAAGAAAUGGGGGAGUAAUUACAACAGCUUAUUAUGAUGUGCAUUCCCUACAUGCUUUGUGUGACACAGAACAGUUUUUCAGCAGAGGUGAACCAAUACCGCGUAGGUUUUUGCCGCCAACAGAUUGCCUGGAAUAUUAUUCCAGUGCCGCUAUGAGAGGGUACUUAGCCGAUCCAGAGAAAAUUUCUCAAGAACGUCUAGUAUUAGCGCAGAAGUACGGCUAUGAUUUACCGCGAAUCGAGGACGAUCCUGAUUAUGAGAUGCUGUGCGAGCGCAAGGAUCCCCGGCAAUUGUUUUAUGGUCUUGAACCAGGCUGGGUGAUAAGUCUUAAAGAUAAAAUGAUACUGAAACCCAAAGCCGAGUAUCUGAAAGAGUUUUAUGCAAGUUGAGGCGAGAUGUGAAGAUGCAAAACAAUAGUGUAAAUGAACUAGAUUUAAUAAAUAAUGUUUAAUAUACAAAAAUGGUUGUAUUUUAUUAAUAAAAUUA